GUGAAUAGUGUAUGGAGAGAGAGGGAGAGAGGGGGGUUGAAUUAGCAUCACUAAUCUUUUCCAUAGUGUCCUAUGGAUGCCUAUACAGUAAACGUGUGAAAUUUGACAGAUCUCCUUUUUUUCAUAAUUUCAGCGUUUCUUGGAUUCAUGUGUCCUCUCCAUGGACAGUUCAACAUGGAUCUUUCGAAAUGGACAGGGGCUCAGUAGGCAUGGAGCCUCUCAGCCUGCAGCUGUUGGUAACAGGAAGCUUCGUUGGGUUCCAGUGGAUGUUUCACAGAGGUAGCCCUUGGGUAUCUCAGCACUUCUGCAAAGGUUUCCUUAAGCUCAAUCUCUCACAAAGGACAGAAUGGAACUCAAGGGUAGUCUCCACCCUCCACGCCAUGGUUGUGGGACUCUUCUGUCUCUACAUAUAUAUAUUGGAUGAACCUAUCCAGAAAGACCCGGUCUGGGGAGAUGCCACACUAGUUAAAAUAAAUGUGGCCAUUACUACAGGUUACCUCCUUUAAGAUCUGCUGCUCAUGUUUUCUUCAUGGGAGUCGUUUGGAGAGAAGUAUUUUGUCUUACACCAUCUUGCUGCUCUUUAUGCAUACUACUAUGUACUAAGCCAAGGGAUAUUGCCUUACUUCGCUAAUUUCCGCUUGCUUUCUGAAUUCUCCACCCCUUUUGUGAACCAGCGGUAAAUGGUUUUUUAUAUGCUGGGUUAUCACAAAUUUUCCAAACCGAGUCUGGUUAACGGUGUUGCCAUGGCAUCUGUGUUCUUCUUGGUAAGGAUUUCAGUCAUUCCAGUGUACUACAGCCAUAUGUACUCAGUCUUCGGCACAGAUGACUUCAACCGGCUACCUCUGGGGGGUCGGAGCGCCUGGGUUAUUUCCAGCGUGUCACUGGAUAUCAUGAACAUCAUGUGGAUGCGCAGAAUCAUUUGUGGAUGUUUGAAAGUCCUUCAUUCUGCAUGGUUGAGAAACAAAGGGAAUGAAAUGGGAAAACAGAAUGACAUUAAGAGAAGUUAAAACAGAAGCAAACACAUAAGUGCACAAACUUUCCAUCUUUCAUCCCUUCCAACCUGAUCCUGGAGGUCUGUUGUUGAAUAUCCCUGGAUUUUAAUUUUACUGAUGUGAUUCAGUGACACCAUUAUC